AUGUCAUCCGGCUCUCCCCCAACAGCAACAACUAACGACGCAGCUACUCCACCUUUCCCCAUCCCAACUCUCAUUCUCACCAAGCUCUCAGUUCCGUCAGAAUCCUAUCAUUCAGAGCCAUCAAACGCUAUCAUCAUCAAUCUCUCCCUCCAACCCAGCGUUCUUGUCACCUGUUUCACCCUUUCCGGUCACGAGCUCGGCUACUUCGGCUGGGAUUCCGGUGCCGUUGAUAUCAUUUUUGAAAGCGAUAGCGAUGUAGUUAUUAACUACUCUGCCACGCCCACAAUCUGGUCUUCGGGACAAAGAAUCCCAGAGACAAAGCAAUAUCUGGCUGAAAGGAGCUGGUUUCAUACCUUUGCGAAUGUUGUUUCAAGAAGCUGUAGCGAUGGAAGCGGGACGAUGAAACUCAGUGUCAAAAGCCUGGCUGAACAUGGACACGGAGAAGGAGGGGUAAUGGAAGGUGGGACAGAGGGGGGCUUAGUCUCUCAACAUGUUCUCGAAGGCGUUUCUGGCAGUCCCCCUGCUAGGAUCCCCAAGAUGACACCCAGAAGCGGGAAACGGGUCAUUAGAGGUAGAGUUAGCAAAAUCGGGAAGGUCAAGCGCAGCAGCAUGGAUAGUGCCGAAGCCCUGAAGAAGCUUCUGAACCCGUUGGAGAAACUUAAGAUUUAG